AUGACCCGAAGAGGAAGGGAUGAGGCUGCUCGGAAGCGAUCGGCAUGGCGGCAUUUCUUAGCUAAGCAGCAUGCGCGCUUCACACUUCACUUUCUCGGUUUGCCUCCUCAUGGCUUCGCUGUAGACGGUAAUGCUCUCCCACCAUCGGCGCGAUUCUGGGGUUCGAUUGGCCACGCUCGCUGGGUCAUCUGGGCGCUAGGCGGUGAGGACGAAUACUGUAGUACGUUCUUAUCGACGGGCUGCACAACGGAAGUCUUUCGUCGGUCCACGCGAGCGAACAACGCACUAGCCGGCCGCUCUAGGCCUCUUACAUUCCUCUUUGAGCCGCGCAGCUGUGUUUCACGGGCCCUGAGCAUGACACUCGACGCUGGUUGGCCUGCCCAAAGAGUCAAACGAGAUGCAGGGUCCGACGCAGGGUCCAGUCCACUUUUUGCCGGUAUUCGGAGACAGGCACACGACCCGGGGCUUACCACCACUGCAAGAAGCCACGCGAGCGCUUCGGCGCUGAAAGUUCUGCUCAAACCCUUCGAUAUAGUGCGUGUAUGGAGAAGGCAUACCGCUCGCCUUCAUAUGACCGUGCAUACUGUGCACAGCGGCCCCAGACGCGGAUGGCCACGUCCACCGCCUAGAACUACAGCUCAUGCGAGGGCUGCAUGUAUUCCCCGGGCGACCCUAGACGUGGGCCCGAGCAUCUCGGCUGGCCCGCUUCACGUUUAUCAAACUUAUCACAGUGCAGCUAAUCCGGGGAGCACCCUGCCGUCGGCGUGGGCUGCGGUCCGAGCGCUCGAGGAGUCAAAGGCGCACGUAUAA